AGUCUCACACCCAUCCCCAAAUCACCCCCAGCCAUGGCAAAGGCAGAGCUCGGAUUGAAGAUCGGCUUCUACGCCUAUCCCAUCGUCCUUUUCGUCACGCUCCUCGGCGUCCAAUCCGCUCAGUUCUACAUAAGCCGCCAUGGCGCCACGACGCGUAAAGUCGCGUUGGACAACGAUGUAAAACAGCACAUUGACAAGAUUCGCAAGUUUUACGCGCGGUGUAUUUGGGUUCUGCAGGUUGUCCUUUCGGGAUUGUUGAUUGCGAGUGUGGUGUAUGCUACGAGGGAGGUUUUUGCUGAUCAAGAUGGUGGGAAGGGCAGUGUUGAGUUUGCGUUUAGUGCAUAUCUCGCAUCUUUUGUGGGAGUUCUGCUGUACUACGUGGCUGGUCUUCUUCCAGAUCCUGAGGGACCGUGGAAUCCGAAUUCUGCUCACCUUUCAGCGUGGUGCGUCGGUGCUCUUGCAGAGAUUGUCAUCGCAGCUGCGCUUUCAGCCGUUGAGCCGAAACUUCGAGUAUCACCUGGUUUCGUCGACACUCUCAACAUUCUCGGCGCUGCGAGGGUUCUUGUCCUUGCAUUGAUGAUUGCCGCCCUGGGUUUGAGAGAGUACAAGACUAAAACGCUAGAACCAAAGUCUUUGCCGGAGGAGAGACGGGGACUUCUUGAGAAUGGGAAUGGGGCAGCGGAGGGAUAUGGGAGCAUCCAGCCUACGGCUGCUGAGCCGAGAAGGACGCAGGUUUCUGGGACAGGAUGGCUAGAUUACUUUGCUGGAUUUCGAGUCCUGUUUCCCUACCUCUGGCCAAAGGGUUCUCCCGUCUAUCAAGCCAUCGUACUAAUCUGCAUCAUCCUCCUCAUCUGCCAACGCACCGUCAACGUCCUAGGACCUCUCCAGCUCGGCACCCUCGUCGACAGCCUCGGUGAAGGCAAACUUCCCUACAAAGAAAUCAUCCUCUACGUCGUAUACCGUGCUCUUCAAGGCAACCAAGGCGUUCUCGGCGCCGCGCGAUCCCUCCUCUGGCUGCCCGUAUCUCAGUCCCUCUUCCGCCGUCUUUCCUCCGCUGCAUUUGAACACGUCCUCGGCUUAUCACUCGAGUUUCACCUCAACAAGAAAGUCGGCGAAGUCACCAGCGCCCUGAGCCGCGGCGCUUCCAUCAACACCUUCCUUGAAAGCUUCUGCUUUCAGGUUUUUCCCAUGGUGUUUGACAUUUUCGUCGCUGGUGUGAUUUUCUUUGUGAAAUACGAUGCUUUCUAUACCAUCAUUGUGUUCUUCAUCAUGUGGUCAUACAUCUUCCUCACAAUCUACGUCGCCAAGUACCGAGGAAAACAGCGAAGGGACAUGACCAUUAAGACUCGCGAGAUGGAAGCUGUCAAGACGGAUGCUAUCGUGGCGUAUGAGACGGUUCAGCAUAAUUGUGCCGUUGCGCGUGAGACGGCGCGGUUCAGAGAGCAUGUUACUGUUUUCCAGCGCGCAGAGAGAUUGGUGCAGUGGUCCUUGAACGGGCUGAAUCUUACGCAGAGUUCGAUUUUCACUCUGGGAACGGCGCUUCUUGUUUCGGUGUCGGCGUACAAGAUUUCUAUUGGGGAGCAGACUGUUGGUGAGUUUGUGAGUCUGAUCAACUACUUUGUUCAGCUUCAGGGUCCUCUGAACUUCUUUGGGACGUACUAUACCAUGCUUCAGAAUAACCUCAUUGAAGCUGAGCGUCUACUUGAUAUCUUCAAAGAAACACCUGGCGUGGUUGAGAAGCCCGAUGCCAUCCCAUUGCCCUCACCCAAAGGCGAAGUCUCCUUCAACGAUGUCAAGUUCGCAUAUCACGUCAAGAAAGGCGAUCCCGUUCUCGACGGCAUCAACUUCACCGUCGCCCCAGGCACAAAGACCGCUAUCGUCGGAGAAUCAGGCAGUGGAAAGUCCACUUCUCUCAAACUUCUCUUCCGCUUCUACGACGUCACGGAUGGCUCCAUCACCAUUGACGGUCACGACCUUCGAGAUGUCAAGCUCGAGAGUCUUCGCAGCAACAUCGGUGUCGUUCCUCAGGACACGGUUCUGUUCAAUGCGACGAUUAUGUACAAUCUUUUGUACGCGAGACCAGAUGCGACGGAGGAAGAUGUUUACAAGGCGUGUGAGGCGGCGAAUAUUCAUGAACGUAUUCUCAACUUUCCGGAUGGGUAUGAGACCAAGGUUGGAGAGCGGGGAUUGAAGUUGUCGGGCGGUGAACGCCAAAGAAUCGCCAUCGCCCGUGCCAUCCUUAAAGACGCUCGCAUCCUUCUCCUCGACGAAGCAACCGCCUCUCUCGACUCACACACAGAGCGUCAAAUCCAAGAUGCUCUCGAGCGCGUCACUGAAGGCCGCACAACCAUCACAAUUGCUCACCGCCUGUCCACCAUCACAACAUCAGACCAGAUCAUCGUUCUUCACAAGGGCAAGAUCGUCGAGCGCGGAACGCACAAUGAGCUUUUGGCGCAGGGAGGACGAUACCAUGCUAUGUGGGAGAAGCAAACGACUAUUGAGAAGAAAGAGAAGGAGAAGAAGGAAUUGGAGGGUGAGGCAUCGGAGACUGGGUCUCAGUAGAUGAGCAAGUGUAGGAUAUGUAUUGUAAAAGGCUGGAAAGGCAUUGCAGCGAUUGGCUGUUGAAAUUGUUGGUUAGAAAGCAUGGCGGGUAGUAAAAGUCAUUUUGUUGGGUCUCGAAUUGUACUCUGUGUCAGUCCAUCUCGAAACAAGUGAGGUUGGCAUCGCGUCGCAUCUCAACACCAAGAAUUGGUCAUCUUGGCGUUCGUCACGCCGCAAGCAAUCGAGACCGACUCAACAUCAAUGCAGUCAGUCUAGACAACCAUCACUCCUUGUGACCGCACCAAUCGAGAGCACUGCAUACAAAGCUCCCUCAAAACACCAAUUGCAUGCAAGAAAUCUGUCACAACCUCC